CCGUAAUUGUUCUCUUAUGAUCUAGCAAGCACUCCGGUCGGUCUCUGUACAAACGGCGAUUUCCUAUCCGAUUGCCAGCAAGAACGUUGACAAUUUGUCCCUGGAGAACUCCGGGUUCGGGCCUUAUAACGUCUUAUAUGCCUAUAUGUACUGGAUCUCUAGAAGUUCGACCAUAGUGAUACAACCAUGUUGAACAAAUCACUGUCUCGCCUUAUUCCUGCCCUCAUCCUCGCUGCCAUGCUCUCCGUUGAGCGGGCUGCCGCCAUUUGUAACCUUUCGGCGACUGUGGAGUGCUGUGAACUCGUUUUGCCUGCAAGUGACCCACUCGCGGCGCUGGUCCUAUCGCUUGCGGACAUCAGCGCGCCCCUCCAGAGUACGUCCAUAGGGCUUGCUUGUAACCCGAUGACAGCAGAAUCAGCAGCGGCUUGUGGCAACAGUCUUGUUGGAUGCGACGAUAAACCACAUCCUGCAAUUGGGGUUGGGUGUGGUCUCAACCUUCAAGUUGUUAGUCCUUGAGGUGGAGAAUAGCAAAUGCUGGGCGAAAUCGAGUGUUCCUCAUCAGGAUCAAUGUUUGAUGCGGGAACGUUGUAAUUUAAUGAAACCGUGGUGCCUUGACGAGGGUUCGAGCAGACUAAAGGAACCUUCCCUCGAAAUGAAAUGUCACGGAAGAUUUAUUCAAUGACAGGGACGACCGCCAAAAUUUCAACAGAAUGGUCAACAGACACCGUGGAAUACCCUCACAAGAACUUCUUUCUUCGGAAAGAUUGACCGUGUUACUUCCGACUCCUACUG